UCAGAGCUCCAGAACCACGGUAACUCAUUAAAGUCAAAGCUGACUGAGGUCCAACCAACCAGCUUUGCAGGACUGCAGUCUGUUUCUAUCAGCAAUCUGGACUUGGAUCUGAGACCUGGACUUCAGACGGACAGAACAUGCAGCAGGUGUUUUUUGGAUCAGGUUUCUGAGGAACCAGUUCGUCCUGGACCUUCAUCUCCCUGAGGUCCGUCAGAGCAGCUGAGGUCCAGACCAGCAGUGUGUUUCUGCUGAUUCUCACCUCACACUCGGGUUCAGUCUCACCGCUGUGACUCAGACUCUAAACCUGGAUGAUCACAUCUCCGUGGUGACUGAGGUCCAACCAACCAGCUAUCAGGUCUGGACCUCAGAGGAGGUUUUGGUUCUGUUAGCGUCGGGUUCUAGAGGAACGGUUUUGGAUUUAAACUUCGUCCUGGAGCCAAAACACAUUUAGUGAAAGAGGAGGAAGCAGGUGGAGCUGACGUGACGUCGCUCACUGUCAACAGCAACAUGUAGGUGGAAGUUCUUUAUGACAUUAUGAGGUUCUAUAUGUUUAACAGGUCGAGUCUUAGUGGGCAUUACCCUUCACUGGUCACUCACCAGUCCGACCAGUCUAACCACAGAACCUAGACUAGAACCUCAGUGACAUACUUCCUGUCCUGUGAAGAUGGCGGACGCUCUGAGGACGCUGUAUGCUGCCCUGAUGGUUGUGUCCAGCCUGGCCUCCGUCUGUGGGAACCUCCUCCUGCUGCUGGUGCUCCUCCUCAACAAGGAGCUCCGGUCAGACACGCUGGGCCUCGUCCUGAGCUUCAGCCUCAGUGACCUGGCUCUCGGACUCUCCACCAUCCCCUUCGGAGCCCACAACAGCCUGUCCCAGCCCUCCGGAUACCCCAGCACCGGCGCCUUCUGUCAGGGCAGCGGCUUCAUCUUCCUCCUCCUGCAGACUUCCUCCAUCCACUCGCUCACCUGGGUGACUGUAGACAAGUUCACAGAGAUCUGCUUCGCCCUCAGCUACCGCAGCAUCUGGACGCCCGGGCGGAGCCGAGCGGUGCUGGUCCUGGUCUGGCUGUUCUGUCUGGUGAAUGCCGCCCUGCCGCUGCUGGGGUUCGGCAGCUACGUCUACAGCGAGUCGCGGUUCCUCUGCUGCCCGAGCUUCACACCUGAGAACAGGUACUUUGUGGUGCUGUGGAUGUUGUUGGGCAUCGUGGCGCCGAUCCUCACCAUGUGCUCUCUGUACGGAUACAUCGUCUACGUGGCCAGGAAACAGGCCCGCAGGGGAACGUUCAUGUGCAACGAGCUGCACUGCUUCUAUGUUCCUGCCAACAAUUACCUGAGGAGCUCCAUCGUGAUGAUCACAACCUCAGUGUGUCUCCUGGUCUGCUGGCUGCCCUACAUCUCAGUGUGUUUGUAUGAGACCUUCACCGGUCAGCAGAGUCCCGACGUGACCUCCGCCCUCUCUGCCUGGCUGGUUCUGACCAGCGCCGCCCUCAACCCCUGGAUCACCUGCAUGACGCAGACUCGGUACAGGGCGGCGGUGCGGCUGAGUGUCAGCAGGUUUAUUCGGAGGUGCCCUGGGACGCCUUUGGAGUCACGCCCACAGAGCUCCGCCCUCCACCUGCCCACGACCAAUCGCAUCAGCACAACGACAACCUCAACGCUUCCCCCGUCGUCACCAAAAACGCCCACACCGACACCACCAUGACCUACACAGCCUCUUCAUCAUGAACACCUGGGGAGUCUGCAGGGACGUCACACCACCAGGGCGACCUGUGACAGUCAGACUGAAUUCUGGGUAAUGUAGUGUAGUACAUUCAGAACUGCUGCUUUUCUGAUGGUCACACUGGACAGGGACGAGUUUAUUAUCUGACCGACAGCCGGCGCCUGUUAACCACGAUGAUUAAAAUGUACUAAUUCUGUGACAUCAUCCUGUACAAUGACAUCAUCCUGUACUGUGACAUCAUCACUGGUUUGGACUAAUAUUAAAAAGCCUUGUCUGUUGAUGUGUGAGGUUUGUUCAUGCUGUGACUUUAUUAACCAGCAGUUUUCAGUAUCAUGAGUCACUGAGUCAGACUCAGACUGAUCUCACAGCAGCUGCUGACACUGUCUAAAGGUCAGAGGUCAGGU